AUGACUACGGCGCCACCUCCGCAAACAUUUCAGCCUCCUCGUAGAGAUGUUUCCGCACCUACAGUUGGCGUUAACACGAGAAGAGCUUCGGCAACAGUCUCUGUUGAAGAGUCUCUGAAGACUUAUCAAUUACUGGAAGCCCUGCGAACAAAUGAUACGGGGUUCCUCCAAAAUCAUCUUGCAUCUUAUCAACCUCCUUCAUCGUCACCAAAUAAUAGUAGCUCGACACUCAGUGGAACUCCGCCUUCCUUAUCAUUAAAUCACACACCUUCACCACUAAUACUUGCCGUGCAAUGCUCCGCAACUCCUACAGUCGAAUAUGUACUUUCGCAUUUACCACCGGGUUUUGAUAUUAAUCAACGCGAUCAAUAUGGAAAUACUGCGUUACAUUAUGCUGCCAAAUCAGGACGUCUUGAUGUAGUGGACCUGUUAUUGAAGCAGAAGAACAUCAAUGAUACCUUACUGAACAACGAAGGAAAACAAGCUGUUGAUAUGGCUAAAACUUUGGAGGUUGCCGAAUCACUUAAAGUAAAUCGUGACCAGUUCUUGGAACAUAUAACCGUACUUUACCGAAAACACGUAGCCGCUUCUGACCUUGAAGCACUUCGUAAUUUUUUUCAAGAUCCUCGAGCUGCAGCUUUAAUUGAUAUAAAUCAUCAAGAUUGUGGAACUGGAGCUACGUUAUUACAUGAUGCUGCACGUAAAAAAGAUAUAGAAAUGGUUAAAUUUUGUCUAGAUCAUGGCGCUGAUAUAAAUAUUCGAGAUAGGAAAGGAAAGUUACCGAUAGAAGUCACGAGAGAAGAUAAGAUAAAGAAUUUACUAAAAGAAGUGACCCCCACUUCAAGCUUAGUUAUUACUACAUUACCCAAUCAAUCACCAAAACUAAAAGGUUAUUUACAUAAAUGGACUAAUUAUGCUGGUGGUUACAAAACAAGAUGGUUUGUUUUGGAGAACGGAAUUUUAUCGUAUUUUAAGAAUCAAGAUGAUGCAGGAAAUUCUUGUCGCGGAUCAAUAAAUAUGAGGAUAGCCACAAUCUCUAGAGAUUCAACAGAUCGUCAACGAUUUGACAUUAUUGGGAAAGGUUCAGUACGUUACCAUUUACGAGCCAAUCAUUUUUCUGAAGCAGAAAAAUGGAUAAAGGCUCUGCAACAAUCAAUGCAAUGGAAAGGUUCCAGAAGAACGAGUCUCCAAGAUGAAUCAUCUGUUUCAAUGACAGUAAGUAAUGAUGAUGACCACAGAAUUCCGCGGAUUAUGCGUAGAGCAGACACCAUUUCUUCAAUGAAUCGGGAACGAUCGCGUUCACCUUCUAAUGACUCGAUUGAGGUUGAUACUGUUCCUCAUGCGGACACUUAUCAAUUGAAAAUUAGCUCUGCUAGAGCGCAGAUGGAGAUGCUAUCACAAUUGCUAGAAUCCGUUAUAACCACAUUGCAACCGUUAUUGUCGCCUGAUUCACGACAACAAGUAGUAGUUGAUACAUUUAAAAAAUCCCUUGGACCAUUACAACAUCUUGUGGACGAUGUUGUCCGUAUGUCAGAAGAUCGAGAUACGUACUGGCAGCGAAAACUCGAAAAAGAACUAGAAGCUAAAAGACUUUGGGAAGAAAGUAUGCGUGGUUUUGCAAUUGAACAAGCCCAAAUGGAAGAAAUUAUUCAAGAGAAUGUAAAAGAGCAUAAAAUGCUGAAAAAACUUUCAAAGCUCUAUAAUGUCGAUGUCCAUAGUAACCAUAAUAGGGUUUCAUCCGCUUCAAGUAAUAGUCCAGCGGAACCUAAACCAGAAUUUACGGAAAGAACAAUAGUAUCACCAACUCCAACUGACAAUACAGAACUUGCAAAUUUAUCACCAAUGAUCGACGGCGUUCCUAUGAUACCUCAAAUUGCUAUUGAAGAAACAAAAACGCGGAAGAAGCAUAGUUCUACAACUUCGUUAACUACCGAUUUAUAUGAUUCUGACGAUGAAUUUUUCGAUGCAAUGGAUGGUUCUAAUAAUGUGGAAGUUGAAGAAGCAGUUAUGGAACAGCCAUCAAUGGAAUCAGAUGAAACUGGCAAGCUUCAACCAUACGUAGCGCCUGCAUAUUCAGGAUAUCCAGACCAUGUACGCACACGACUUCCACUUGACCAGAAAUCUUUACGACCCGAUGUUUCUCUCUGGUCGAUUCUUAAAAAUUCAAUCGGAAAAGAUUUAAGCAAAAUCACGCUACCUGUUUACUUUAACGAACCAACUUCGAUGUUGCAACGCAUGGCUGAAGAUAUGGAAUAUAGUGAACUUUUGGAUAUUGCAGCCCGACAAAAAGAAAGUACUGAGCGAAUCUUGUAUGUGGCUGCCUUUGCUAUGAGCAAUUAUUCAAGCACGGUUGGCAGAGUAGCAAAACCAUUCAAUCCUCUACUGGGAGAAACGUAUGAGUAUGUCCGACCAGAUAAAGCAUUCCGGUAUAUAUCUGAGCAAGUGUCCCACCAUCCACCAAUAAGUGCAUGUUAUUGUGAAUCUCCUAAUUACGAUUUUUUUGCAGAAGUAGAUGUGAAAUCAAAAUUCUGGGGAAAAUCAUUUGAGAUUCUUCCAAAGGGGGUUUCUCAUGUCAAUCUAAAAGUUCCCAAUGAAUAUUGGCCUAACAAUAAGGAGCGAGAUCCAAACUCAUACAUAGCUAUGGGCAUGCCGAAUGCAUUUUCCGAACAUUAUUCAUGGAAAAAGGUUACAACAUGUGUGAACAACUUAAUCGUUGGUUCUCCUUGGAUAGAUCACUAUGGGGACAUGGUCAUAAUAAACCAUAUAACGGGGGACAAGUGUGUCUUGACAUUUAAGGCGCGUGGAUGGCGCGGAAAGGAUGCAUUCGAGAUUCGAGGCAUCGUAUAUGAUGCAAAUGGAAAGGAAGUAUGGGAGAUUGCUGGAAGAUGGAAUGAAAGAUUAGUCGCUCGAAGGAGUGGUGGUGCACAUUAUGCGUCGGCAUCUGAAAAAGAUCUGGGAAGUGAUGCGGCGGCUGCAUCUGCCACUGAACUCGAAGAGGCGAUAAGCAGUACAUUAUUAUCACCCACAACUUCAAAUCCAUCACAUCGACGCACAAUUUUGUUGCUAUGGAAGCGCGCACCCUUGCCAGAAGAACCUAUUCCGUUUAAUUUAACACCUUUUGCGAUUACAUUAAAUGAUUUACCAGAAUCAUUAAAAACCUGGAUUGCACCCACUGAUUCACGGUUAAGACCGGAUCAACGUGCAUUGGAAACUGGUCAAUACGAUUUGGCUAAUAGUGAAAAAGUCCGUCUUGAAGAAAAGCAACGGACUAAACGACGAGCACGAGAACGUGGUGAUACAGACGACUUCAAACCUCGUUGGUUUAUUCGAGAUACAGAACCUGAUACAGGUGAAGGCUAUUGGCGCUUUAACCAUGAAUACUGGCAAGAGCGCGAGCGGACGGGUAAAGAAAAAAGUGAAGGAACUGGGCCUGGUAAAUGGAACGUGGAAGAUGAUGAUAUAUUUUAA